UGGUGCAGUGCUCAUCCAUACAUGCACAUGUACGUGUUUUUCUGGUCGCCAGUUCGUUGAGAACGCCCUGCAUGUGAGCGCGUGUGUACGAGUGGAUCCACGCUGAGAAUGUGCGUGCGGAGAUUGACGGAGCAUCUCUUGCACUGAGGAGCGGGUGUGCAGCCUGAGCAGCAAGCGUGGGGAUGCACGGUGGGCAGGUGCUGUCGUGAUCAGCGGAGUUGUUGGCGUACCAGUCCUUUCACCGUCUGCCGUCCCUGCCUUUUUCAAUAAUGUGGUCAUCCUGCGAGGACAAAGAGCAUCCUGCCGGGAUGUCCACCUCAUCCGGGAGCCAAAAAAACUCUGUGGAGCUGGAUGCAGCGCAGCAGCAGAGAGUCCCGGGGGCCGAGCAGGGCGCCGCCCCCCCGCCCCAGGUCAAGCUGAAGGAGAGGCAGAAGUUCUUCGAGGAGGCUUUUCAGCAGGACAUGGAGCAGUACUUGUCCACCGGCUACCUGCAGAUCGCUGAGAGGAGAGAGCCUAUAGGCAGCAUGUCGUCCAUGGAGGUGAACGUGGACAUGCUGGAGCAGAUGGAUCUGAUGGACAUGUCUGACCACGAGGCUCUCGACGUCUUCCUGCACUCUGGAGGAGAGGACAACAGCGCCUCCUCGCCCGUCGCAGGUCCUGACGUGGAGUCCUUCACCACAGAGAUCAGCCUGCAGGUCCCCACACAGACGGAGCUCCGGCACAAGCUCUGCUCCCUGUCCUCCACCUGCACCGACACGGGCAGCCAGGACACGGAGGCCGGGGAGGAGGAGGAGGAGGAGGAAGAGGAGGCCGAGCAGGGAGGGAGUGGUGCUGCAGGGCCGGGGGGGAGAGGGAGGAAGCGUGACCCCCCCGUGAUCGUGACCCUGGACCAGGAGGACGUGCACCCCGACACAGCGCUGGUGGACCAGACCAGUAAAGACUGCCAGGGCAGGCAGCAGGUUUGAGGACGGCUGGACUGGUUCAACAGCUGCCCAACAACAAGACUAACACGACUGGCUUUUGUUGUGAUAAACCCUUCAUGAAUGAGGAAACGAGGAGAAGUUUUCACCUGUGUUCACUCUCACUGCCGCAAAACCAGAGACCGCUGAUGUGAACUGUUCUGGUCCGGGUCCCGUUUCAACUGCUCAACACGCACGUCAGUACUGUAGUUUGAUCAUUUUUAUAGGAUUUCCAACAUUCUGUUUCAGUAACUGUGCACGUUAGGGACCGUGCACAGUUACUAAGAACACAAUAAAAUCCUCCGUGAGCCUUUCAGGUACUUUAAAGUCCCGCUCAUGUGAUCUCACCAUCACAGGCUUGUUAAAAUAAAUAUGCCAUUUAAAAUCUUACUGCAGGUCACACACACACACACACACACUGCCAUCGGGCCUUGCAGGUUCAGCUGGACCCGGCAAAGACCCGACUCCAUGCUGCACCAAGUGCAGGCCAGUCUGCUGCAGAACCCACACUGCAACUCAAAAUCUUAAGAAUAUUUGUCUUAUUUCUAGUUAAAAUGUCUCAUUUUUAAUUAAAAAAAAAUCUUA